UUGGACAGCAGAUUUUGGUGUGAUAUCCGGUUGGGACGGCAUAUGGAGACACUUCCAGUCAUGAGAAGCAGCUGGAGUCUUUGGCUUGUUAAGUAGCAAUGAUUCAAGUCUUGCAGAUUGUAAAGGAGCUGGUGACACCAUCAAGACAGAAAGCAUCCACAGUGAAGGAAGAUUCAGACCAGGAUGUAGCACUCAAACUUGCCCAGGAGCGAGCUGAAAUAGUUGCUAAAUACGACAGAGGACGAGAAGGUGCAGAGAUUGAACCUUGGGAAGAUGCUGAUUACCUUGUUUACAAAGUUACGGAUAGAUUUGGAUUUUUACACGAGGAGGAGCUCCCGUAUCAUAAUGCAGCUGUGGAACGGCAAAAGCAUCUGGAAAUUGAAAGAACUGCCAAAUGGCUGAAAAUGCUAAAGGGAUGGGAAAAAUACAAGAACACUGAAAAGUUUCACAGGAGAAUUUACAAAGGAAUCCCACUCCAGCUCAGAGGUGAAGUCUGGGCUCUUCUUCUUGAGAUCCCUAAGAUGAAAGAAGAAACGAAGGACCUUUACAGUAAAUUAAAACACAGAGCUCGGGGUUGUUCACCUGAUAUCAGACAAAUAGACCUUGAUGUCAACCGCACGUUUAGGGACCAUAUUAUGUUUAGAGACAGAUAUGGUGUUAAGCAACAAUCUCUAUUUCAUGUCCUUGCUGCAUACUCUAUUUAUAAUACGGAAGUCGGGUACUGUCAGGGGAUGAGCCAGAUCACAGCUCUGCUCCUCAUGUAUAUGAACGAGGAAGAUGCCUUCUGGGCCCUAGUCAAACUCUUCUCGGGUCCCAAACACGCCAUGCAUGGCUUUUUUGUCCAAGGUUUUCCUAAACUCUUGAGGUUUCAAGAACAUCAUGAAAAAAUACUGAGUAAAUUUCUGUCCAAGCUUAAGCAGCACUUGGAUUCUCAAGAAAUCUACACAAGUUUUUAUACAAUGAAAUGGUUUUUUCAGUGUUUCCUUGAUCGUACUCCCUUUACUCUAAACCUCAGAAUAUGGGAUAUCUACAUCUUUGAAGGAGAACGAGUUCUUACUGCUAUGUCUUACACAAUCUUAAAAUUACACAAAAAACAUCUAAUGAAAUUGUCUAUGGAAGAACUGGUGGAAUUUCUUCAGGAGACCUUGGCAAAGGACUUUUUCUAUGAAGAUGAUUUUGUAAUAGAACAGCUUCAAAUUUCUAUGGCAGAGCUAAAGCGGGCAAAAUUGGAUCUUCCAGAACCUGGUAAAGAGGAUGAAUAUCCAAAGAAACCCCUGGGGCAGUUCCCACCAGAAUUCCAGUCUGGUACCAUUCAUCGUAUGAGCAACGGACAGAGAAGUGUUGGCAGGCCCAGUCCCCAUGUCAGCAGCAGAAGGGAAAGUACAGCAUCGCCUUCCAAGAAGCACGAGCAUUCCCCUCACCAUCCAGAAAGAGGCAGGCAGCCGAGACGGAAGUCAAUAGAUGAGGAAAGUAAAAAGCUUAAAGAUGAUGCAGAGUUUCAAAGGAAACUCCCUUCAGGUCCACAGGACAGUUCCAAGCAGUAUAAUCAUGCAACUGCCAACCAGAAUAGUAAUGCCACUUCGAAUGUCAAGAAGGAAUUUAUGCCCAAAUGGAACAAACCAUCAGAUACUUCCGCUAUUGAGAGAACUGCCAAACAGGCCAUGGAAGGGAACAGUAGACCUGUGCACCCCACACUUACACUAGCCUCUGUCCCAAGUGCUGCUGAUGUACGAGUUUCAAAUGUGCGGCCAAAGGUCAAGGUUUUAGAUGCCGAUGAUGGGAAGCGGGGCUCCAAUGCCUCACAGUAUGACAAUGUCCCUGAGCCGGAACACGAGAAUGGAGCUGCCGUGGAAGAUGCUCUAGAAAGAGCUUACUCUCAAAGCCCACGGAAUGCUGUUUACUCCAGUAGUCCAAGAAAGCACGCUGAGCCAAGUUCUAGUCCUUCAAAAGUGUCCAACAGGUUUACUUUUAAAGUCCAGCCUCCCAGUUAUGUGAGGUACCCAUCCCAGUUAGAAGGGGAGGAGCACGGGCUGGCGCACCCACCGUCUUACAGUAAUCCCCCUGUUUACCGUGGAAAUUCUCCAAAACACAUGCCUACUGCUAACAGCAGUUUUGUAUCUCCACCAUUUAGCCCUGGGUCUCAAAUUAACCCUUCCCGGAGACUGUAUGGUUCUACUCUCUCAGUUGGUAUUUCCCCUGAGAAGCUGUACGGCCGCCCCACCCCUCUUGUUCUGCCCUCAAGUCGCAUAGAAGUCCUUCCUGCUGAUGCUGGUGCCAGGGGAUAUUCAGGCAAUUCAGGGUCACCAAGGAAUGGAAAAUUCAUCAUUCCUCCAGUGGAUUAUUUGCCAGAUAACAGGAAAUGGUCAGAAGUGAGUUACACAUACAGACCUGAGCUGCACGGGCAGUCAUGGACUCGAGAUGGCAACCGUAGCCACUUAAGCAGUUUUCAGCACAUACCCUUUCAGGACCAUGACCUCCCACCAGUUUCAGUAGACAGUCCAGUGAGGUAUAGAACCUCACCAUCUGUGCAAGAUGCCAGUCCAUCCAGGUAUCAGUAUUCUGGGCCAACGCCGCCAGCAUAUCACUACAGAAAUCAGGAUGCGCUUUCUGUUCAAGAAUCAGUAUUGCUGUGACACUGCAUCUGUGUUUGUUCAAGACAAGAGAACAGAAACCAUAUGAAAUCUGCAUUACUAUGUUUAUAAUUGCCAAAGCAGUAUUUUAUACUAUUGUAAGCAACUCUUACAAUUCUGAUGUAUGUUAGUAACGAAAGUAUACAGAGUUGUUUUCAUCCUCAUGUAGGUGUGCAUAAGAUGAACAUUUUAAACUGCAUCAUCACUGAACCUGGAAACCUAGCAAUAGCUUUUAGGGAUGCACACACAGUAAAUAAUUCAUUACUCAGUUCAUGUCUUCCUUCAGAACCUGAACAUUUUUACUCUGAUUGGUCCAUUCUAUUUUGACUAAUGUUACAAAACAGUGAAAAACUAGAAUAGGUGUUUUGUAAACUAUAAGUAGUAAAACAUCUUUUAAUAGCUAUAGGCAUCUAUGCAUACAUAUUUUAACAUGGAAUUGAAGAAACAUUUUAAAAAUAUUUUAAAUUUAGAUCCCUGGAAUCAUGUUAUUCUUCUUUUCCUUAAAUUGUCUUUUAGUCCAGUCCCUCUGCCCCAUAUCUUUUAUUCAGGUCCUAAACUGACUGUAAAGAGUAUACUGACUUGAUUAGUGGAGUAUCUCAGAGAAGGCUUAUCCUUUUUUCAGUUGCUGCCAUUUACUUUCAAUCUGAAAACUAAAGAUGUUGGAGAGAAAGGACAACCACUUAGUGUGGUACUGAGCAUCAAGGCAGUUAACGUGAAAUUUGUGGACAGAGAUGCAGCAGGUGUAUUAUCCAUUUACCUGAGGUCAGUCUUAGCACUUUUGUGCCCCUUGUUGGGGUCUGACUCUUGCAAAGCCCAGAGCUGAUUGUUGCUUGCCAGAGGCACACAAACACAGCUGGAGAGGAUGCCUCCAAAGGUUGUAAUUUUCUGAUAAUCCAGCAUUCACCCAGGACAGCAGACAUGCCUUUCAGGGUCGUUUGAAAGCAGGCUCAACAAGAUGGUUCUUUGUCAUUGUGCCCUUUAGAUUCAUGCAGGGCCUCACCAUAAUGGCCCCUCAAGGGUGGCCUGAACAGAAUACUUUCCUGGAAGUCUGUUUAAAGAAGUUGGAUAUCACUGUACCCACCCAUGGUAAAAUUGUGUUUUUUUUUUUUUUUAAAUUCUAAUUAUUAGGAGCCUAGAACUUUGAUCUUUUAAAAAAAUGUAACUUUCGUAAUUCCAAACUUACUCUGUUUUGGUGAAAAAAUUCAGGUUCAUGGAGUGCAGAAAGCAGGGAUAUUUUUAAGAAUAUCCUUACACUACAGUUACCAAAAUCCUGGCAGAGUUUUGGGGAUUUCCACAAAAUACGACUCUGUGUUUAAUUAGAGAGCUUGUUUUCAACAUUGCUUUGCUCACAUUUGAAUAAUGGAGAAUUAGAAAAUCUAAUGUUGAUGGUUUUUCCUGUUGCAAGUUGGGGCUUUAAGCUUUCAAGGUACAAAAUACGUCUUUAAAAUGAAAGUAAUAUUUGUUUAGGUAGUGAAUGUGACAGUGAUUUUUAUGUAUAUAAUGAGUCUAAUGUAAUUUUAAUCAACUUAGUAAUAACGUUAUUAAAUGUCAAAACAAAUGCGAGUGUAUUAAAGCGAAACACUACACUGAAGCUAAACAAAAUCCUGAUAAAAUAACAGAGCUCUUGAUUUAGAUAACGUGGAAGGCAAGAAGUAAAUGUAUAGAAAAAUGUAGCUAAGGAUGUUACUUCCAGUUUUUGAAAUUUUGAUUCUGUGAUGUGUAAUAAAAUUAAGCUGUACAAUUUAGUUUAUGAUGGCAGCAGUUGUGCUGCUCCAAAAAUAUAUAUAUCAACAGUGGUAAAUACUGUAGAUUUUUAUAUAUAUAUAUGCCAAAUAUAUAUAUACACACACACACAUACACGUGCUAUUUUCCUAUGUUAUCUAUUACAUUUUUUAUCUGUAUAUUUUUUUGAUGUGAUUGUUUUUAACAUGCUAAAAGUAAUAAUUGCAUUUUGUUUUGUGUCUUUAUGUGCGUUUUAAAGAAUUACAGCAGAAGUCUAGAACCCUUGGUGCUUCUCUUCUAAUUGAGUAGAUGUUGCCUAGUCUUCUCCUGCGUAACUUUAGGUCUCUGUAUGUCACACUUGUGUGUUAUGUCUUUAUUAAUUUCCAGUAAGAUUAUAAUUAGGAACACAUCACCUCUUUUUUACUUAAUCCAACAUUAUUAUUAUUAGCACUAAGGUGUUAUUUCCAGUUCUUCCCAUUGUAAAAUAUAACUCAGUUUUUCAAGUAGGAAGCUUUAAUUUGAAAUUAUUUUGCCAGGAUACAGUUUUAUUCUAUCAAACUUAUUUUUGGUAAAAGGUAAGAAAAUAAUGAUAAAAGAAGAAAUAAUAUAGGUAAAGUGAAUCACUGUAUUUAUGAAAACCAUAGGUGGUAGAGAUUUUCAUGGCGUGGAGACUAUUCUCUGUAGCUGCAUGUACUUGGUGUAAAUAUUUGGCCAGUAUUCAUUGGAGUUUACCUAAAAAGCAUUUGGGUAUAGUUUUAAUUUCUACAU